ACAUGCAGAUUCGUGGGCUGGGCAACCAAUUAAGCUUUGUCAAAUUGUUUGGCAUUUGAAGUGCAGUUGGAAAAUGGGUGGAAUUAGGUGGAAAUGGCUGCCGCUGCACCGCUGACUUUCCACCGGUCACUUUUUUAUGAUGGUUUUCCAACCGAGUGCACAUUUCCGAUUUCUUUACGCUCAAGCACAUUAGCAAUCGAUCCCAAAGUAUUUCGUUUUAAAAUCCUUCUCUUCAUCAAGCGAAAAAUUAAUUGUCAUCAUGAAUGUGCAAAUUUUAGAAUUCAUUUACGGGCUCUUUGAUUUUCCUGUCUAGCUAACGCACUAUACUGAUAACCUUGCUGAAUAUAUAUAUAUACAUAUCGACAUAAUGCUUUUUCCUUUUUCCGCCCGAAAGGCGAAUAAGUCCGCUGAUUUUCUUGGCUUGCGCUCCGGAUUUAACUUUAUAAAUUGCAGGCGAAAUGCGAAUCUUUUGUCCAAGGGUUAUGAGCCACCGAAGGCGAUCAAAACAGGCACCUCCAUUGUGGGCAUCAUCUACAAGGACGGCGUUAUCCUGGGCGCAGACACUCGCGCCACCGAGGGACCCAUUGUUUCCGACAAGAAUUGCUCCAAAAUUCACCACCUUCAGGAUCACAUAUACUGUUGUGGAGCCGGCACCGCUGCCGACACCGAAAUGAUUACCCUGACGACCAGCGCCGAGCUGGAUCUGCACCGGCUGAACACCGAACGGCAGGUGCCGGUGGUCUGUGCGAGCAUGAUGCUCCGCCGGACCCUCUUCCGCUACCAGGGCCACAUUGGUGCCGCCUUGGUGAUGGGCGGCGUGGACAGGACCGGUCCGCAGCUGUACUGCAUCUAUCCGUGCGGUUCCAACGACAAGAUACCCUACGCGGCCAUGGGCUCCGGCACCUUGGCGGCCAUGUCGGUGCUGGAGCACGGCUGGAAGCCCGACCUCGACCAGGAGCAGGGCAAGCAGCUGGUCCGCGAGGCCAUCUCGGCGGGUGUGUUCAACGACUUGGGCUCCGGAUCCAAUAUCGAUCUCUGCGUGAUCACCAAGCAGGGAGCGGUGUACCUGCGAACCGACACGAUUGCCAGCGAGAAGGGCGAGCGAUUGGGCAAGUACGGCAUCAAGCCCAACUCCACCAUGGUCACCUCGAUCUCCGUGCUGAGUCUGCAGGUCACCGAUGAGCGGAUCUACGCAGUGGAGGAUCAACAGCCGGGCACCAGUGGUGUUCAGUGGGUUUCCUCGCAAGAGGAUGAGGAGCUGCCCGAAGGAUCGCAGACUAAAUCACCAUAGACACCGUAUCAUACAUUUAAGUUCGAGCAAAUUAAUCGUUAAAUAGCAACUUUGCUUUACAUAAAUGUUAAUGCAUUCGCAG